AUUUGGAGCAAUAAAAACAAUACAUGUGCUCACUGCGUCUCUCGCUUCAUCCUUAAACGUCGUAUCCGAUCCAACUGAGAGGAUCGAUCCUUGCGAGGUCACAGUGCUAUUUAUCUGACCAGGGGAUAGCCGGUUCCUGAUGACAUCGCAGUUUUGGGAAACUAGGCAGCCCCUCUGUUCAACCCGUUAACCGCCACUUCAGCCUCCACAGGAACUUCGAUGAAAAAAAAACCAAAGCUCAGAAAUUUUCUUUUUUUUUUUAAUUACCCGAUGCCAACUGUUUACUGAUAUUGUGGUGCCCGUACUACAUUGGUGAAAGGAACUUUAGACCAAAACAAGUGAGGAAAAACGUCAAAAAUGCCUCGACCACAAUUUACCGUUUCUCCUGCGCUCCGCGAUAUCAUCAGCAAACCUUCUCCUGCAAACAUCGACCAAUUCGACCCCUGGAACUCUUCGUCAACAGGCCACCAGCGAGCUGAGAAUCCAUACACUGGCACUUCCUGGCGAGAAACGAGGAAUCAAAAACUCGCCGCACAGCUUAAAGGGACGGCAGGCGAUACCAGGCUAGACCAUGAGGGCGAAUGGAAGUGGGUAACGCCGGAAGAGAGAGAGAAAGAGAUACGGAAGAACGAGAAGACAGGGGAUAUUAAGUCUUUUUUUGGGGUAAAGAAAAGAACUCAGAGAGUGUCCGCGGAUGAGAAGAAAAUCGGGCAAAACUUGAUGGACAGUGUUGUGCAUGACGGGCCUUCCUUCGACCGGGCCUUUUCUUCAGAGCCACUAACUGAGCCUUCACGACCCUUCCCAGAAGCUAUGCCUUAUUUGCCACAGCCAGCACAAUCGUCGCUGAGGAAUAAAGGUAUAUUUAGCAAUUUGACCAUCUACAUCAAUGGGUCUACCUUCCCCCUAAUAUCGGACCACAAGCUUAAACAGAUUCUCGUCAAUAAUGGCGCGAGCAUCUCUAUAUCUCUUGCAAGACGCACUGUCACACAUGUCAUCCUCGGUCGUCCAAAUGCAUUGAAAACCAGAGAUCUGGCUAAAGUAGGGGCUGGAGGUGGUCUCUCUGCAGGGAAACUACAACGAGAGAUUCAGCGUAUAAGUGGGAAAGGCGUUAAGUUUGUUGGUGUUGAGUGGGUCCUGGAAAGCAUCAAAGCAGGUCGCCGUUUGCCCGAAGCGCGGUUUGCUAAUUUGCAUAUAGCAUCUGUUAAGCAGAGAAGCGUGAUGGCUGAUUUUGCUGUUUGAAGAGCUGUAGAAAGCUCUUUUUUUCCCACUGUAUCUGGCUGUUUUACGCCCUGCGGGUCACUAGAAGAACAGAUACUCACUCCAUGGAUGGAUCCGCACGAUACAUUGGUGCUACAACACUACGGGUUGUUGCGACCACUUCUUAAUCUUAGGGCCGAGGUGCGGACGGAGGUAGGAGGCAGUUCCUCGCUCAUUGAAUGGCUCUAUUCCUUUGACCCUCGAGUUGAGCAAGGAGGAGCACCCAACUUGCCGCCAGUGAGCGAAAGGAGCGUGUUGGACCGUGGCGACUGGCUUUAAUUGGUUGUGUCGGGGUGUCUGCCUUGGCUCAGCUCCGCCAAAUCCGGGAAUGGUAUAGAGUGGAACACACCAUCUAAGUUGCACUAGUCUGUUAAUAAUGUCAAGGGGCAUUGGACCGUGAUUCCGUGCUGCUGCUAGCGUCUAAA